UGCUUGUCGAUUGAACCUAGAAGCUAGAGCAUUGCUUUGCUUGGAUAUGAUCUUUUGCAUUGAGUAAUCACAACUUCAAAUGGCUUGAAAAUUGAAAUAUAUGUUGAUGCAAGCAAAAUCUUAGCAAACAUCACCCCACACUCUUAAGCAACAAAAACAUGGACAACACUUUCAUUCCCUUCCUUGUCCUCUCCCUCUUCCUCCUCCAUUUCCCUCUUUCUGCAGCAAAUCUCCACAAGAUCAAGCAACUCCGACCAGAUUUUCUCGUUCAAACAACAUCCUCAAACAACGACACAACACCACCCACUGAGUAUUUUGAGGUAACCAGACCCAUACAACUCCCCAAAACAAAACCAUGUUCGUACAAUGUCCUCCACCAUGAUUUUGCCUACACAUAUGGCAAACCCCCAGUUCUUGCAAACUACACCCCUCCCUCUCACUGCCCAUCACAGAAAUUCUCCAAAAUCGUCCUUGAAUGGAAGGCAACGUGUAAAGGAAGACAGUUUGAUCGCAUUUUUGGUGUUUGGCUUGGUGGGGUUGAGCUUCUCAGAAGCUGCACUGCAGAGCCAAGAGCCACUGGGAUUGUUUGGACUGUUCAGAAGGAUAUCACAAGGUACCAUUCUCUGCUAUUGAGUAACCAAACACUUGCUGUUUAUCUGGGCAAUCUUGUUGAUAAUACUUAUACUGGGGUUUACCAUGUUGAUAUCACUAUUCAUUUUUAUCCAAUAGAGUCUAAGUUUGCUGGUUUAGCUUCUGGGAAUGGUUUCCCUGCGGAUUUGAUCUUGCCCAUUUCGCGAAACCUUCCACUGAAUGAUGGGUUGUGGUUCCCUAUAGUGAAUUCUUCUGAUGUAGGCUUGAAGAAGUUUAAGAUACCCCAAAAUGCUUAUAGGGCUGUGUUGGAGGUUUAUGUUUCAUUUCAUGAGAGUGAUGAGUUUUGGUAUGCCAAUCCUCCAAAUGAGUAUCUUUCUGCAAAUAAUCUUACUGGUACACCUGGGAAUGGACCAUUUAGGGAGGUUGUGGUUGCUCUUGAUGGGAAGGUUGUUGGUUCAGUUUGGCCUUUUACUGUGAUUUAUACAGGAGGGGUCAAUCCUCUCUUGUGGAGACCCAUUACUGGGAUAGGUUCAUUUGAUCUUCCAUCCUAUGAUAUUGAGAUUACACCCUUUUUGGGGACUAUAUUGGAUGGACAAACCCAUUCAUUUGGGUUCAGUGUGACUAAUGCACUGAAUGUUUGGUUUAUAGAUGCUAAUUUACAUCUUUGGUUGGACACAAAGAGUAGUAGAACAGAAGGAGAACUCCUGAAUCUGAUUGACAAGCCUUUGGUUGAAUCUCUAGUAUCUGACUUCAAUGGUUUAAAUGGAUCAUUUUGGACUAGUGCAAAGAGGUUUAUUUUGUCUACUGGAUGGGUCAAAUCCUCCUAUGGUAAUAUCACAACCAGUUUAGUACAACAUUUUUCUUACCACAAUAAGAUGGUAAUCGGGAAGAAUGGGGAUAAGCAAACUGUGAAUCAAACGAUUUUUUUCAAUGACACUGUCCAUGCUAAACCGCCAUCACCCCUUGUUGAUUCUGUCGAGGACACGCACAGAAAAUUUUCCCUCUACUUGGGCUCAGAUGAACUAGAUCAGGAUAACGAUACUUACUUAUCUGUUGCAAAUGUUACAUUGGGAUUUGAUGAGAACAAGUCUCAGAGUGGAGCUUUUGGAGUGUCAAAGAGCUCUCUAAAAAAUGUGCAGGAUGGCCAGGGUACUAUAGUUGUUAGAAAGAAUUUGGUUGUUAGGGGGCAGGGUGAUACACAGCAAGAUUAUAGAUAUACAAGCACUGGGUACUGCUAUUUUAGGAAAGUUGGCAGCUCAAAUUACACAAUUCUAUAUGAUAAAAUCAGAAAUUCAUGCCAGAAAAGAAGUCACCCUCGUCUUGGCCUUAAUUUGUUCAAGAAGUUGCCCGUUAUGCUAUAGGGUUCUUUCUUAUAUGAAAAGAGAAGUUAACUCUCCAUUGCUUGGUGCUUCAUGCUCUUCCUUUUUAUAAAGUUCUGUGCUGGCUAUGUCAUACUGUUGUCAUUUCGCAACUGUGAUUUGUAAUUCUGUUUCCCUUUUUUCAACCUAUAUGUAAUAAUAAAAUUAUGAUCUCAUUUGUUCUUGCCGUAUAUUAAAACAUGAUCAGUUUCCAAUAAAA